UGUUUACUUGAUCUGAUUGCAUUAAACGUUGCUUGAGCGCAGUGUAAGCAAGUAAGCUACUUACAGCCCAUUCAUUUUGAAAUGGCGUCUAACUACAGAAAGCCCAGCUCCUCUGCAAAUCUGCGGAAGAAACCUGGUCCCAAACCAGAUCUAACCGAGGAACAGAAGCAGGAAAUCCGGGAAGCAUUUGACCUCUUUGACACAGACGGCUCAGGGACUAUCGAUGUUAAAGAACUGAAGGUUGCCAUGCGUGCCUUGGGUUUUGAACCCAAGAAAGAAGAAAUUAAGAAGAUGAUUGCUGACAUUGAUAAGGAGGGCUCUGGCACUAUUGACUUCAGUGACUUUCUGUCCAUGAUGACACAGAAAAUGAGUGAAAAAGACUCUAAAGAAGAAAUUCUGAAGGCUUUCAGAUUGUUUGAUGAUGAUGGCACUGGGAAAAUUUCAUUCAAAAAUCUCAAAAGAGUAGCCAAAGAACUUGGCGAGAACCUGACAGACGAAGAGCUGCAAGAAAUGAUUGAUGAAGCUGACAGAGACGGAGAUGGAGAAAUUAAUGAACAGGAGUUUUUAAGGAUUAUGAAGAAGACCAGUCUGUAUUAGUCAAAAUGAUCAGUAUGGUGCGUUCAUUGGUAUGGUAAAGGAUCCAGCAGAGAAACUUGCACUUUGUAUUUGUUGAUGAAACUGGAUGUAGCAUUUUAGGAAGGUUUGCCACUUCAUUUUUUAAGGCCUUACUUAUUAUACAUUCAUAUUUUGUAAGAUG